AUGCAAACGAACCACCCCACUAACCUCAACCAACCAGCGACACCAACAACAACAACAACAAUAACAACAACCCACAACCCAAAAACCGCAACCUACACCCUCACCCUCACCGAAACCCCCCUCGCCCACCUCACCUGGCUCGCCCUCACCUCCCUCGUCCUGCUCCUCCUCUCCGCCCGCCGCCGUUCCCGCUCCCGCAACCGCCGUCAUGCCCACCACAACCACCACCACCACCUCCUCCUCCCCAUCGCCGCCGCCGUCGCCACCUACGCCGGCGCCGUCCUCGGCAUGGCGCUGACCGCCGUCGUCGCCCUGCCCGCGUAUGCCGAUAGCGACGGCAGCGACGGCAGCGGUGGUGAGUUCCCGCCGCUCGGCCUGUGGGCGCUGCGCUGGGUGAGCCUGGUGGCGCCGUGCGCGGUGGCGGGGAGUUGGGUGUGGGUCGUGCGGCGGGAGAGGGAGACGAGGAGGGAGCGGGGAGGGGGACCGCUUGUGCGUGGUGGUGAGGAGGAGGACGACCACGAGGGAGAGGGAGAUCGGGGAGAUCAGGGAGAUGCGUUGCCGCGGUAUGGCGAUGUUGCGGGGCAUGAGGACGUCAGGCCGCCGGCUUAUUACUGCUGUCCACGCUGCGACGGCGGGGCUAGUGUGCCGCUGCCGGGGUUGGAGCAGCUGGGUUAUGCGGCUGGGUGGGAGGCGGGCAGGCGCGAGGCGGUGGUUGCACGGCGGAUGGAUGAUGAGGUGACGGCGGUGGCUAAUUCGUCACCGCCGCCGUAUCGGGAAGUGGAUGACGACGAUGGCGACGACGACGACGACGACGAUGGUGAUGAUGAUGCGGGGGGUGUGAAACGGGUUCGUCGUGGCGGUGUGGGCGACGGUGAGGGGAGAUGA